AUGGGAAUAAACCAAACGACUUUUGACUACUUCCAAAUACUUGGAUUAUCUGAUGACCCCACUAUCAAACCUCUCCUUUUUUGUGUACUCCUUCUUAUCUAUAUUAUGGCUUUGCUGGGGAACCUGACGAUUAUUUUGGUGUCUCAGUUGGAGCAACGUUUACAUACUCCUAUGUAUUUCUUCUUAACAAAUUUGUCCUUCCUGGAUAUUUGCUAUACUUCUACUACCAUGCCCAAAAUGUUACAAGCCCUGGUAGUGGAGAAGAAAACCAUUUCAUUUGUUGGUUGUGGAAUUCAGUUAUAUUUCUUUUUUGCAUGUGUUGGCACAGAGUGUGUUCUGCUUGGAAUUAUGUCGUAUGAUCGUUUUGUAGCUAUAUGUAAUCCUCUACAAUAUUCUGUUGUAAUGAACCAUAAAGUGACCUAUAACCUGGCCGGUGUUUCUUGGUCCAGUGGUCUCUUAAAUUCUAUAGUCCACACUGUAGUCACAUUCGACUUGAAUUUUUGUGAUUCUAACCAGAUUAACUAUUUCUUUUGUGACAUCCCUCCACUCCUAUCACUGGCCUGUGAUGAUACAUUUCUAAAUGAACUUCUGUUGCAGUCUAUUGGUGUUUUCAUAGCUUGGACUCCAUUCUUGGGUAUUAUUGUAUCAUAUAUAUGUAUUAUUGUGGCUAUAAUGAAAAUCAGAUCAUCCAAGGGAAGACAAAAAGCUUUUUCUACUUGUCUAUCCCAUAUAAUCGUUGUUAUUUUGUACUAUGGUAGCUCUAUUUCGAAUUAUGUGAGACCAACUUCUACCCACUCUUUGGACAAGGACAGGGUCAUCUCAGUGAUAUAUAGUGUUGUGACACCAAUGUUAAAUCCAAUAAUAUACACUUUGAAAAACCAAGAUGUUAAAGAAGCUUUAUUUAAGUACAUUCUCUACAUAAAAAAAAAUAAACUACUAAAGAAAUUAUAG